UGAUUAUUGCAAAGUACCUUGAAGUAGUUGCUCUUUUGAGCUGGUUAAGUGUGGUGUUAUCGUUGGAGGCAUUGGACCCGGAAGAAGCAUCAUUCAUAAUUACUCGAUGUAUGGAGAACAAUCCUGGACAUAAAGAAUGUCUAUAUAAGUGUCUUCUUAUUAAGUCGGGAUUGUACAAUCCGAGGUCCAAGAAGUUUACGGGUGAAUUGAUCAGGAAGCAACAGGAGAAGUACCCCGAUUUGGCAUCAAAGGAGCAAGCGGCUGCCUAUGCAGAUGCAGUGAGCAAAUUGCCGAAAGCGGAGAAUACUUGCAAGGCUGUGACUGCGGUUUACCUAACAAUAAAGAUGCAGUACAGGGAAACUGCCAACAAUUUGUUCCAUGAAAAUCCUGAAACCGCAAAGAAGAUUUACGAUGAACUGGGCGACAAAAUCAAACAACCAGGCCAAUCAGUUUUCCACUUCUGUGAAAACAAAUUCUAUCCACCUGGUUCCCCCAACCGGAAAGAGAUUUGUGAAAUGCGUCAGUUCAAGGUGUUGGACAACGAAAACUACCAGAAGCGCGUUCAAUGCGUCUACAAAGGAUUGCGUUACAUCACCAAGGAUGAUAAGUUUGAUCCAUCGGAACUCAAACGGGACUUCCUGUUCGCCGGGAAAGAUACAGGACGAUUGGACAAAGUGUUGACAAAGUGUAAAUCUUCGGAGCCAAAGGAUCCGUUGCCACUGGCUCGUCAUUACUAUAAAUGUUUGAUGGACUCCGAGGUUGUCGAAGACUACAAGGAAGCCGUGGACUACAGGGAAGUCCGAUCCAUGGAUUAUAACUACAACAUUCCAACGGUUCGCAAUUACGACAAAGCUGCGGUUGCUGCCCAAGUGAAGAAACUUGAUGCCAUGCAGUGUCCCUAAGCGUAGCAACAUUGGAUGGAUAUAAGGAUAAUUUACCGCUUUAAAACCAAUACAAUAGAUAAUAUUAAAAAGUUACAUAGGGGAAAUGGUUCUAAUGUUGGCCUAUGGACCUAAGAUUAGGCCCAUCGCUAAAAAUCUGCUUUUUAUCAAUUUGAUCUAGAUGAACGCGUCAUUUGAUCGCUGUUGAAAAUUUAGUCGAUUGCUGAAUUUAUGUAUGGGCCCAAAUUAGGAGCACUUAGGCCGACAUUACAUCUAAAACCAAUUUUUUUUUUUCGAUAAAGGUUCUAAUUUUGUGAAAUUCAUCAUUUUCCGAUUUUUAGCAUACAAAAUAAUUCACAGUAUUUUUUUUAACUAGUAGCAUCUUUUGCGAAAAUCAUCCUGCUGGUAAACGAUUGUUAACAGUUGUUUUCAAAAAUGCAAAUUUAUCCUAUGUUUUCAAAUUGGUUACUUCAAAAAUUGUCACAAAUAAAAUGUUAGGAGACUAAACAGAGGAUGUUACUGAAUCAGUAAGCUAUGAAAACAAAUUUAACGUGACUUUUAAAUGAUACGCCAUGAAAAGUCGAUUUAACUAUAAUUACAAAUAUGCAGGAAGAUCCAAAGAAGAAAGAUAACGGCGC